GUUGUGACAUCCUUACUGUGUACUGCAAUACUUUCUUAUAUCUCACACUUGGUUCCAAGGUAAUGCUUUAACAGACCUGCAGUUCAUUCCUCCCUCUUUCAAAGUAAACUUUGUCCCCCUUCUCUUUUCUCUGCAUUUUCCUUUUGCACUGUUUGUUCAGAGCGCUCUAGGAGCUGGGAGGCUGCAGCCAUGCUCUCUUCCCAGGCUAUCCUGCUCGCUGUGGUGUUUGAACUCGCAGCCCUUCAGGCCCUUGCUUCCGACACCUUCGUGGCAGCCGUCUACGAGCACGCCGUCAUCCUGCCACAUCCCACCGAGGAGCCCGUUUCUCCCAGCGAUGCUUUGGCCCUGAUGAACAAAAACAUGGAUGUCUUGGAAGGGGCCAUCAAGGAAGCCGCCCAGCAGGGUGCCCACAUCAUUGUGACUCCUGAAGACGGCAUCUAUGGCUGGCGAUUCACAAGAGAAUCCAUCUACCCCUACCUGGAGGAUAUCCCUGAUCCGGUGGUGAAUUGGAUUCCCUGCACUGACCCCUCAAGAUUUGGUCCAGCACCAGUGCAGGAACGACUCAGCUGCAUGGCCAGAAAUAACUCCAUCUAUGUAGUUGCAAAUAUUGGGGACAAGAAGCCGUGUGACUCCAGCGAUCCCAACUGCCCCAGGGAUGGUCGCUACCAGUACAAUACGGAUGUCGUGUUUGAUGCACAGGGGAAACUGGUGGCUCGGUACCAUAAGUACAAUCUGUUUAGAGGUGAAACUCAGUUUAAUUAUCCAAAAGAGCCAGAAGCUGUCACCUUUGAGACUCCUUUUGGAAAGUUUGGCAUUUUCACUUGCUUUGACAUCCUUUUCUAUGAGCCUGCCAUGGUCCUGGUGAGCAAGAUGCAGGUGGACACCGUGCUCUUCCCAACAGCUUGGAUGAAUGUCCUGCCCUUUCUGACUGCAAUUGAGUUUCACUCUGCUUGGGCUAUGGGCAUGCGUGUUAAUUUACUUUCAGCAAAUACUCACAACACCAGCAUGGCAAUGACAGGCAGUGGGCUGUUCACGCCAGAAGGACCUGCCGCCUACCACUACGACAGUGCCACUGAGGAGGGACAUCUUCUGCUAGCAGAGUUGAGCGCACACCCCCGUCUUUCCCCCACCUACCCUCCUGCCAUCAACUGGAGUUUGUAUGCCACGAGCAUCAAGAAAUUUCCUGGUGAAAAUGACACUUUCUCGGGACCUGUCCGAAAGGAUAUAUUCACUUUCAGAGAACUCAGGCACAAGGAUGGAAAUUACACUGUUUGCCAAGGAGACCUUUGCUGUCAUCUGGUCUACCAGAUGUCAGACAAGAGGAAAGAUGAAGUUUAUGUCCUGGGUGCAUUUGAUGGGCUUCACGGUUCUCUCAUAAAAUACCAUUGGCAGAUCUGCAGCCUGCUCAAGUGCCCCAGCACAAACCUGAGCACGUGUGGGCAACCCGUGGAGACGGCUCAGACCAAGUUUGAGAUGUUCUCCCUCAGUGGCACGUUUGGCACCAGCUAUGUCUUCCCAGAAGUGUUGUACAGCGGGGUGCAGCUGGCCCCUGGGGAGUUUGAGGUGCUACGUGACGGGCGUUUGAAAAGCAAGAAUGGCACUUUGAAACCACUCAUAACAGCGACACUUUUUGGAAGGCUUUAUGAGAAGGACCACCCACAUCCCCUGCGAAUUUCUCUGUAAAGUAUCUCCUUAGGAGUUACACACUCACCAGAGACAGUAGGGGAAUUUCCUCCUGAGCCAUAGCAGUUAGCUUGUAUGAUUCCUAUUCUGCAAUAUUGCACUUCUGCUCAGCACCUGUGGCAGUUGGGCUUAUUUGUGAGAAAGUGAUGUGUUCACCCUGCUGUGCAUGACUUUUUAACAGUGCUUGUGCCAGUGCAAUUAUUUUUAGUAUGCAUGAUCUGUCUGCAUGAACCUUUUAAUCAGAAAUUUUGUUUUCUCCAAGAUUUCCUAUAGAUUGAUAGGAUUACAGCAGAAAGAAGACUGACACCAAAAUUUAUGAAAUGUGGUUUGUCAUUUUAUUGAGAAUAAAUUCUCUCCAAGAAA